AUGAAUUUAAAAAUUUAUCAUUUAAUUUUUACUCGCCUGUCUUACUUGGUUAUUGCCGAUUACAGUUGGUCAGCAACUAAUGAAGGUGAUUAUAUUUCAACAGGCUGUGAAAGCAGUUUAGAUGACAUAGCCACUUUUUGCGAUGAUUCCGAUGAUGAAUGCUGGUGUGAUAAUAUUAAUGCUUUAGGAUCUAUGGUUUACUGUGGUUACGAACACACAGUAAACUCAAGUUCUUCAAGGAGACAUUUCAAAGAUUGGUAUUUGGAUGAGUGUGGAAAUUUAACUGGCACUCAGUUGGAUGAGGUUUAUGAAAAUGUUACUAAGUACAUUGUUGCUGAUCCAUUCACGUCAGUUCCUGAUUAUAAUUCGUCUGCGAUAAUAGAUUAUCCCGUGGGAUACAACCAAACAACUUAUGAAGAAACAUAUAAUGCUGAAAAAUCUGGCGAUGAAGUGGAAAAUCACUCGGUCUAUUUUGGUGCGGGGUUAAUUGCUUAUUGGGCUGGUAUUAUACUUAUUGGCGCGGUGCUCAGGUUGCUUCGUAUCACGGGGCUAAACAGACACUUUCCUAAUCUUUUUUUAUCAAGAUUAAUAAGAGCCAAAUUUACUUUGCCUGCUUUAACGAAGAAAAAACAUGCAUCUAAUUGGUUAUGGGGUGCCAUACCCACUAGGAUUGAAUCUUUAAUUAUUUUUAUUUGGUUUGCACUAUGUGUUAUAUUUUGUGCUACCAGGAUACACAAUUUGAAAGGGAACGUAUAUUUUAUAACCACACAUAGAGAAUUGGCUACUUAUGUUGGGAACAGAGCUGGUAUUUUAGUGUGCUACAUGAUGAUUUUGACCUUUAUGUUUGGUGGUCGUAAUAACUUUUUUAUAUGGCUAACUGGUUGGAAAUUUUCUACGUUCGUUACCUAUCACAAAUGGAUUGCCAGAACUACGGUUUUGAUGUUGUUUGUUCAUGCAGUUUCCUAUUUAUUUAAAAUUAGCAACAAUGGUUCAUAUCCAUAUUAUAUGCAAGAUAACUUUUACAGGUGGGGGUGUGUUGCUGCUGUUUGCGGCGGUACAAUGUUUUUGCAAGGUAUGGCUUUUUUAAGACGAAACUGGUAUGAAAUGUUUUUAUAUUUCCAUAUAGUACUGGCUGUUUUUUUUUUAAUUGGCGCAUGGAGACAUGUCGAUGAGUUAGGUUUUCAAAAUUUUGCAUAUGCGACCUGUGCUAUGUGGUGUUUUGAUAGAUUUAUUAGACUAGUAAGAAUUUGGAUUCUUUUCGGUGGCUAUAAAAAAUCAAAAGUAAAAGCUGUGGCUGAUGAAACGUUGGAAUUGAUUGUUCCUUAUAACAAAACCACCUUUAGGGUUAACCCUGGUUCAUUUGCUUUUGUAUAUUUUGGAACUUGGAAAUGCUUUUGGCAAUCCCAUCCAUUUACCAUGAUUCCUUACCCAGAAGAGGGAUACGUUAAAAUAUGUGUUAAAGUUAAAAAGGGGUGUACUUCAUCACUUUACAAAGAAGUAAUGAACUGCCCAGAGAAAGAAAAAGAUAUAUAUCUCUCUCUGGAAGGUCCAUAUGGCUCCUAUCACAAUUUGACAAGUUACGAUCAUGUGUUAUUAUACAGUGGUGGUAAUGGUGUUCCUGGUCCUUUCGCUUAUGCUAGAGAAUUAUGUGUUAAUACCAAUUUCAAAGGUUUUGUUAAAUUUUAUUGGGUCAUUAGGCAUUGGCACUCGUUAGAUUGGUUUUACGAUGAACUAAAAUCUUUAGAACAGUAUUCGGAUAAAAUCCAAAUUGUCAUUUGUUUGUCUAGGUAUAAGGACUUUCAAUUUGGUGAGCAUGACGCGUUAUAUUCGGAUAGCGAUAUAAAAGAAAAUAAUGUUAAAGUCAAGGAAACUAAAAUUAGUGAUAGUGAUAGUGCUCAAGAGGAAAAAAUCAUGCCAUUGCAAGACCAAGAAUUGUUGGCAAAGAUUGAAAGUAAGUUACCUCAUGUUGAAUUUAGAGAAGGAAGACCCGAUAUCGAACAGAUUGUAGUUGCUGAUUUAAAUGAAGCUACCGUUGGAAGAACUUGUGUAAUGUCCUGUGCUCAUAGCAAUAUGUGUGACGAUAUUCGUUACGUUGUUAGUAGAGAAAUUUUAAAAAAAAAUAAUCCAAUUGACUUUAUUGAAGAAUUGCAGGGCUGGUAA